AUGGCAAACAAAGAGCAAUCCGUGCCUCUCCUAAGCAACACGGAUGACCACGCAUCCAUCGACUCGGAUUCGGCAACACUCAUCUACACCCCUUCUAUAUCCGAUGACCUGGAGGCUCUGCCAGAGUACAACGAUGAUCCACACCAACCACCUUCUGCCACCGACCCCAUCAAAAAAGACUAUUUACCAAAGGACUCCCCGAAUGUCUAUGUUUUCGAUAUCGACAGAAGCCAUGAAUCCGACAAGUGUAGUAGACGUCGCUGCUUCGGUCGCUCGCGACGCUGUCACGCUGCAGAGCCUCAAACCCGGAAGCAGCGGAUACGACGACGGGUGUUUAUAUUCUUGAAAAUCACUUUUCUGCUCGGUCUCAUCUCGUUUUUUGUCGCGAGGAAAUGUAUGCAUUCGAAAUGGGCACAAAACCAUCCUUCUGUAAUGUUUGAAUGCCCCAUUAAUGAACAUAAUGAACACUAUACCCCCGAGUCCACCAACCGCGAAAUCAUCCGCGAAACAGGCUCAAGGUCAAUCUGGGGUAGAUAUCCGUUGUACGAUCUGCUCGAACUUCGCACGACUAGCGGCAGCAUCGCCAUCAACGUUGACCCGCAACCGGCUGACCCAGAGAACCCCAACAAACCAGCCCGUCUUGUCCUUGAGACGGAGUCGGGGACCGUCGCCGUACGGUUCUCACAUCCGCAUCUCGAUCGAUUCCUCGCUCGUGAUGCUGAAGACGCGGGUUUGACUAUCGGCGACUACCUUGACCAGGCACGAAACUGUGCAGAAGCACAGAAGCGGCGAAAUGGCGGUUAUUACGAGCACGAAAACCCCGCCGUUGAAGCAGCCCAAUACAGGCCAUAUGAGAUUGAGAUCCAUACAAAGACGGGCACGGUGUCGGCUCAGUUGAUUUUCUCCUCAUCCGCGGUUAUCGAGAGUGAAAGUGGGACGAUUUCGGCCACUCUCCUACCGAUUGUUUCGUCUGAGGGUGUCAGUGAUCCGACUCUUGUGACGCGCACAGGCAGUGGGUCGCAGAGUCUUGUGCUGGGUAACGCGUACGUCGUUGGAACAUCGGAGGAGGGAGAUGGGUACAGUAUGAUAACAGCCUCGGGCCAUGCUUCGUCGUCGCAUAGUAGUGAUUCGGGGUCGAUUUAUGUUAAAUACCCAGGAUCCUGGGCGGGAACAGUCGAGGCUGAAGCGCAUGGGGGUACGAUUUGUUUAGAUGGCGAGGGGCUGGAGGUGAGUAAGGAUGGACAGGGGCAUGCUUCAGGUGUCAGGUAUCCCGAUGAAGACGACGAGAAGCCUGAGUGGUGGGGGAGUCGUGGCGAUAUGGAUGUUUCGCUGGAGGCGAGAGGGUCCGGGUCCAUCAAUUUCUUCGUGAGCCAUACGCAUUCUGCGUGA